AGAGAGGGAUCUAUUUAUAAAUACACUUGUGUGACUUGCCUCGGGGCUAGAGUCCUUCCGUGAACUCUUGCUUAUAUUCAUACAAAUGUAGACAGGAAAUGCUUGAAUAAAAAGGACAUCUCCUAUGCACAGCAGUUCGAUUUAUAUAUAAGUAUGUGGGUGACAGUAGCCAUUGUUGUUGUAUUGGUCUGCCUGAUUUGGAGUCUGACCGGACGACGUAAAGGACUUCCUCCGGGUCCGCCAUGUUUCCCUAUCAUCGGGAAUGUUGGACUCUUCAAACCAUCAGAAUCCACGCAAGCUCACAGGAAACUAAGAGAGAUUUACGGCGACGUAUACUCAGUGAUGGUCUUCCACAAACCCAUGAUCAUCGUCAACGGAUUCCAACGCAUACGAGAACUUCUGGUUAAACAUGGCGAUGUAUUAUCAGAGCGACCAAAAGUGUUUCCUUCUGAAGUUAUCGCCAAGAGAAGAGGUUUAGUCUGGUCAUCUGGUUCGUUAUGGAAGGAACAGAGAACGUUCGCGCUGACAACGAUGCGCAAGUUUGGAUUUGGGAGACGCUGCAUGGAAAGUCAAAUAAUGGAAGAAGUAGACUGCUUCAUGAAGGAAUUGGAAAAAUACGAAAGCAAGGCUUUCGACAUUCGGGUGUUACUGAAUACCACGGUGUCAAACGUUAUUUGCUCACUCAUAUUUGGAAAGAGGUUCGAUUACGAAGAUGUCAAAUUUAAGCGUAUGAUGUUUCUGUUCAACGAAUUGGUCGCCAGUCUCAACGUUUCAUUCCGAGCUUUCAUUUUCCCUUGGUUACAUAAUAUUAGAAUGUCUAAACUUGACACAGCGGAGGAAUCUGCAAAUGCUGUGUUUGCCUUUGUAACUGAAAUUAUUGAGGAGCAUAGACGGAAUUUUGACGAGGAUAACAUCAAUGAUUAUAUCGAUGCUUAUCUUCUGGAACAGAAACAAAGAUCUGAAAUCGACACUACAUUUACAGAUGAACAACUUCAACACACUGUGCGAGACUUCUUCGGCGCGGGAACUGAAACGACUUCCACGUUACUCUUAUGGGCACUUCUCUACCUAGUUCACCACCAGGAAUGGCAGAAAAACCUCCAAGAGGACAUUGAUGACGUCGUCGGUGUUGGACAACCUAAGAUGGAACACAAAGAAAGGUUACCACGGGUAGAGGCAUUCAUUCUGGAAAUACAACGUGUGGCAAAUCUUCUCCCUAUGAAUUUACCACGUACAACCAAUGAAGAUUUCACUUACAAUGGCUACAUCUUUCCAAAGGAUGCCAUUGUAUUUUGUGUUUUAGAUUCUGUGCUGUCGGAUCCCGAGAUCUAUCCCGAACCUUCACAAUUCAAACCAGAGAGGUUUUUGGACGAUGAUGGCAAAUGUAUUGGGGAAAAGAAAGACAAAUUGGUUCCCUUCUCAUUAGGGCGCAGACAAUGUCUAGGUCAGUCACUGGCAAAAAUGGAACUCUUCCUCUUCUUGACCAGACUUUUGCAAACAUUUGAAGUAAAACCCGAGAAUCCGGAUUGUCUGCCUCCUUUGAAUGGGACACUAGGAAUUAUCAACAUGCCGCAAGCCUUCAAUCUGAAACUUGUCAAGCGUUAGAUUUUUAUGUGUAUAAAUUGGCAAUGUACUGACUGUAAUUAAUUUUAAAACCUUCGAAUGGUUUGUAAACCGCAAGAAAAAACUUCUUUAAACCUUUUUUGGUUACUAACACGUAUCCGAGUCUGACUUUAAGUUACCUUUUUCGGGCUGAUUUUCUUUGCACGGGGUUUACUAAAUCACAGAAUCAAUUAAUGUAGUAUUUCAUUGCGAAAGUUUGUGUAUUAUAUAUUUAUACAUGUAUGUCAUUGCAAUGUUGUGUUAUUUCAGAUGAUUAAGAAAAUGAAAUUUCCUCUUUGAAAAUCUAUAUAUUGAUAUUUUUGUUUUAGUCUAUAUAUUGAUAUUUGUGUUUUAGUGAUGUUAUUUUUUGUACAUAAGCAUUGUUUUAUGCCAUUUGAUAUUUUUAGAUGACGUGGAUAACAUUUGUCAACUUGGGCAAGAUUGUAAUAGUUUUGGUGUAACAAAUAAAUUUUGUUUUAAAUUUAUGCUUAAGCAAGUAUAUGCUAAAAUGUGUUUUUUACUUUUAAAACCCAGAUCCACCAUUUAAAUCCCAAACCCGUACCAGUGCACACAUCUCAAUCACUUUAGGUACAUGUAUAGCAUCUAAAACUGUUCCUGGAAAGCCAUUGACUUUGUUUUGAGAAGUUGAGUUUCGUUAAUUUUUUUUCGUGAUCGUACAUUAGUUAAUGUCAUUAAGUUUAAAGAGCUUAUAGAUAUAAACAACGUCUAAAAAUAUCAAAAUCAUUUUCUGAGUGAAUAAAGAGUUAAAUUCAA